AUGGCCACCUUAUUACCCAAACCGAUAGACCCGGAGGAAGAGGCAGCUAAGCGGGAAAGUGUCAACAAAACGGGGGGCAUAUUUUUUCCCGAAUCGGACCUAGACGAAGUGGCUAAACAUUUCAUCGGAAACAUUCACCGCUAUCGAGAAAACAUCAUCAUACCGAAACUGUAUGGCGCGGUGCAGAUAAAAACCAACGAGGAAAAGCUCGUGGAGGCCGCUUUCGAGAGUUGUGCGUUUAAAUCGUUCAUGAGCUGCGUGCUGGGCUAUGGUUUGGGUGCAGCGAUCGGUCUGUUUAGCUCAUCCGUCAAUCCGAGCAUUGCCGAUCCGAUGGCGGGCGAUAAACAGCAAACGGCAAAGGAAAUUUUCCGUGAAAUGCGCCAAGCAACACACUCGUACGGUAAGAACUUUGCCGUCAUUGGGGCAGUGUUUGCGGCCGUCGAGUGUACCAUUGAAUCGAAACGUGGCGUAUCGGACUGGAAGAAUGGAACAUACGCCGGAGCGGUAACGGGAGGAUUGAUUGGCUUAAGAGCUGGAGUCAAGGCAGGAAUCAUCGGAGCAGCUGGUUUUGCCGCAUUCUCCACAGUAAUAGAUUACUACAUGCGACACAGAUAAAUGUCGAAAUAAAAUAGUUGUAGAAAUUCAAACUCAAUAUAUAGUUUGAUAACAU